AUGUUUAACUCGGUCAACCUGGGCAACUUCUGCUCGCCGUCGCGCAAGGAGAGGGGCGCUGAUUUCGGCGAGCGAGGGAGCUGCGCCUCCAACCUCUAUCUGCCCAGUUGCACUUACUACGUGCCCGAGUUCUCCACUGUCUCCUCCUUCCUGCCCCAGGCCCCCUCUCGUCAGAUCUCCUAUCCCUACCCGGCCCAAGUGCCCCCGGUCCGGGAGGUCUCCUACGGCCUGGAGCCCUCCGGCAAGUGGCACCACCGGAACAGCUAUUCCUCCUGCUAUGCGGCGGCCGACGAGCUAAUGCACCGGGAGUGCCUGCCUCCUUCCACCGUCACCGAGAUCCUCAUGAAAAACGAAGGCUCCUACGGCGGCCACCACCACCCCAGCGCCCCGCACGCCGCCCCCGCCGGCUUCUACUCCUCAGUCAACAAGAACAGCGUCCUGCCCCAAGCCUUCGACCGUUUCUUCGACAACGCCUACUGCGGUGGUGGCGACGCGCCCGCCGAGCCCCCCUGCCCGGGCAAGGGUGAGGCCAAGGGGGAGCCCGAGGCGCCCCCGGCCUCGGGACUGGCGUCCCGGGCUGAGGCGGGGCCCGAGGCGGCCGAGGCCGAGGAGGAAAACACGAAUCCCAGCUCGUCCGGUUCAGCCCACUCGGCGGCCAAGGAGCCGGCCAAGGGAGCCGCCCCCAACGCCCCCCGCACCCGCAAGAAGCGCUGCCCUUAUUCGAAAUUCCAGAUCCGGGAACUGGAGCGAGAGUUUUUCUUCAACGUGUAUAUCAACAAAGAAAAGCGGCUGCAGCUGUCGCGGAUGCUGAACCUGACGGACCGACAAGUGAAAAUUUGGUUUCAGAACAGAAGGAUGAAAGAAAAAAAACUAAGCAGAGACCGGCUGCAGUAUUUCUCGGGAAAUCCUCUGCUGUAA